GCGAGAUAGAUACGCUUCCGGUUUAGAGGCAGUCGCGUGGGGGGCGGGGAGGGGACCGCUUUGACUGGGCGACGCCGCGGCGGCCGUUUCGCGCGCGAGAACUUCGAAAGCGCCGUUGCCAUGGCAGUGCGCUACCGGAACAUCGCGGUCCGUUACGGCCGCGCGGGGCCGCCCGGCACUCCGUGGCCGCCGGAGCGAGGAGAGGUAGCGCGGAACCUCCAGGCGGAGCUUGAGGAGGAGGAGGAGGAAGGCGGCGGCGGCGGCAAAGGAGAGCUGCUGGGCGGCCUCGGGAGAAGCCCCGUGUCCCGGGCUACCCUGGCCCCGCUGCCGGACGGGGCGGCUCGCCGGUGGCCGAGCAGGGCCUUCUCCGUGCUGUGCUGCCUCCUGGCCGUGUCCUUGCUGGCUUUCCUGCUGGCCAUCGCUUGCCUGGUGCUGAGAGAUUUGCGAUCUGAAAAAGGGAAGACCGAUGAGAAUAUAGAAACAAGCAUUUUAGGAUUUUGGAGUCUACUUGUUCUAUCCUUGAUGAGUGGACUUUCAUGUUGCAGUUUUUCUUGGACAGUGACCUAUUUUGAUUCCUUUGAACCGGGAAUGUUUCCUCCUACUCCACUCUCACCUGCACGAUUCAAGCGAAUGACUGGGCACUCCUUUCACAUGGGCUAUAGUAUGGCCAUACUGAAUGGAAUAGUGGCAGCUCUUGCCCUAGUAUGGUGUCUCCUUUAGUCUGUACUGAGAACUUUCUCAUAGAGAGACAGCUUUCUAGACGACCCUUGAAGCUGCCUUCACACAAACAAACCAUCCAUGUGUUCAGUAUACUUGCCUCAAUCUCUGUUUUAAUAUGCUUUCUCCAAAAUGAUGCCAAAUGUUUUAGGAAGCAGCUGGAGGCAUUUCUAAAACAAAUCAACGGGUGGAGACAGAUUAAUAAGGAAAGGAGGUGUACACAAAAUGUCCGGCUGCCUGAAAUGAUUGCAGCAUUUUCAAAAGACUUCAUGAGGCAACCACUUCAUGAGAAUUAGCUCAGGAUUGUUGCUGAUAAAAUGCUCAAAAUAGCCACUGGAUUAAUAAUAAUUGCCAUUAUUCUAUUAUACCAUUCAGUGAACUUUCAGGUUUGGUUUUGACAUGCUGCAUACUUAGCAACAAAAUUGGGGGGGGGGUUUGAAUCACAUCAGUUGUGCUCAUUCGAUUUCAGAGGAUUUACACUAACUUAAUUUCAUUUGGGAGAAGGGGACAGCAGCGAAAGGAGAGACCCUGCAAUUUCACUCAAUUUCCACUAUGGGACUUACUUUAUUCCUAGACUUAAAAGGACAGGGUUUGUAGAUUGGAAAAAAAAGGUUUACAUACAGAACAUAAAUUCAGUGCAAAUAAACUUGCUAACCACCUUAUUCUUAUCUCUAGGGCAGAGCCCUACCGGGGGGGGGGGG